CCUCAUUUUCAUGCAAUAAAUACACACAGCAGUUUGUGAACCAUCACUUAUUACCAACCUAACUCCUCCAAGUCUCCAACAGUAUCCUUCUCCAGCUGUCUCUUCUUUCUAUCUCUCUUCUUAAACUCCCACAACCAGAAAUCUCACCAUUAGCAAGUAGCAAAAAUAACCCAUCCAAAAUGAGAUAAUAAUAAAAAAAAAUCUCAUCAAAUUAAAAUACAUUUUAAUUCCCAACAUUAAACCCAUAUAAAAUCUUUUUUUUUCUUCUUUUUAUCAAAAAAUGGCAGGAUUAAUUUCCAAAUUCUCAUACCAAAAACUCAAACAAGAAGUCAUAUUUGAAGAUGAAGAUCAUCAUGAUCAUCAUCUUGAGAAGAUCAAAACUAACACAGAAAGAUUGUAUGAUCUUAUCAAAAGAACAUCAUCAGUAAGAAUAAGCAGAAGAUCAAACUGGGUUAGAAAGAUGAAGAUUAAGAGGAAAUUUAGGGUUAAGAUUGCAGGUUUUAGAAGGUUUUUCAGAAUUAGAAGAAUUAAAUUUGCUAAAUCUUCACUUACAUGGGCUAAAGUUUUGAUGCGAUUCAAGGAAAGUCAGUCACAUUUUGGUGAUCUUUUUGCUGGAAAUUACUUGUUUAUGCAAGUUACUCCUGGUUCUUUUAAAAAGAAUGCUAAUUUGGUAGCUAAUCAUAAUUAUAAUAAUAGUUUUAAUCAUAAUAAGGUUGGUUUUAAUAAUAUUAACCCUUCAUGUUUUAAUAAUUAUGCUUUAGGAAAGGUUUCUUAUUAUUAAUUGGUGAUAUAUUUAUGACCUUUUGGGUUUUAUGCAGAAUGAAGUAAUUGUUUUAGUAUUAUUAAUUUGAAGUGUACUUAUUGUAUUGAGAAUUGAGUUUUAUUUAGUUGGAGAGUAAUUAAUAUGACUUUUCAAUAAAAAGAAAUUUUAAUUUGAUUCUAAUUUAGCCCACUCAGCUACUCAAUAGACCUCGUAAUUCAAAAAAAAAGUAUACGUAUAUCGUAUUGAAUUAUGUAUGUAGACAUCCUAAUGUUAUUAGAAAAGUAAAUCUAUGUCCUAAUUAAAUGUAAAAGGGCACUUGUAAUUGUAAAAGUACCAAAAAAAGUAUACGUAUAUCGUAUUGAAUUAUGUAUGUAGACAUCCUAAUGUUAUUAGAAAAGUAAAUCUAUGUCCUAAUUAAAUGUAAAAGGGCACUUGUAAUUGUAAAAGUACCUUUAUCAUAAGGGCUUCUUUUAUUAACUUUAAUUUUACUAA